AUGGAGAGCUAUAAUUCUUCAGAGGAUCCAGGGCCAGCUUUCUGCGUUGGGCACCAUGAGCACAACAGACUGGUCACUGUGACCCCUCGGGUCAUCCAAAACGUACAUGAGAGUAAUUAUGACAUGAUGACUGUUCCCAUCACGACUUCUCAUUUCCACUCGCGAGUUCUUGGCCUAUUGUCCUCUUAUUUGGCCAAUCUAGAGUCCCCAACUUACGAUGUUGUUGGAACCAUGGCUACUACCCAAAGCACUAGGCCUAUGGUGGUUCCGCCGCUCUCGAAGGCAGACUCGUAUCUUACACCAAAUGAUGCAACCAGUCAAUUGGUUGGUGUGACCAGUAGCUGGAUUGAUCUAUGCUCACCGGACCCGUUGAUUGCCGACUUGUCCCGGCAAGUUCUGAUGUUGGAAGUUGCGUACGCUGCGUUUUGCGGAAUUGGAUAUCUUUUGAUUCCUGGCCCCAAGUUGCAUCAUGGUACCUUGCAUUCUGAGAGUGUCAUCUACUAUGCGCGCGCGAUUCAAGAUGCCUUAGACCUGGGCCCCUACAUCCAAUUUCAUAUUUGGCAGCAAAUGGUUGACAACCCGGAGGUUGAAGUUGAUACAAUGGGCGACUUGGCCCCGCUUGCCCGGGCAGAAUACCUGGCGCCAGAUGAGGGAGAACCACUCAACGUUGAUCCGUUUGGAAGUUGGGAUGCCUGGGAUUCAAUCAGAAAGACUUGCAAAUACCACACAAGACUGCUCGUUGCCCUUUCUCUGCCAAAGCAGCUGCCGUCUCUCUUUGUGCAAUCCCGAUGGCAUUCGGAACCAGUGCGUUUACUGACGAUUGACGGCUCGACGUUCCUCAAAAAUCAGAAAGGAUACCCAGUUUUGUCCAAGUCACACCAAGGUUUGAUUGCGAAGAUGAUGCGUCUUCGAACUGCGCCGUGGAUUAUCCUUUGUGGCGUCGGUCCUAUUCCUGGACUUGAAAACAUCGAAGACCCGGAUACCAACCAGGCUUCGCUAUCUGGAUCUGACUAUCCAAGUCUGUCACAGGCUGGCAAGAAGCACUACGACCCUACUCCACACCUCUCGUAUAUUCGCAACCUGCAGCAGCGCCAGCCCCCGCGGACAGCGAUUGAGAGGUUCGGUGUUGGAUACCAGGACUAUUUGCAGGCACCUCUACAGCCGCUGACAGUCAAUCUGGAGAGUAUCACAUAUGAAGUAUUUGAAAAGGACCCUAUUAAAUACGAGUGGUAUGAGAAGGCAAUCUGCAAGGCAUUGAAAGAUUGGGCCGCUCAGAAGAAGGCCACAUCCCACCCGGACGGUAAAGUGAUUCUUGCAGUUGUGGGAGCUGGUCGCGGCCCACUGGUCACUCGCGCACUGAAGGCUAGCGCGGAUGCUGGAGUGGAAAUUGACCUCUGGGCCGUGGAGAAGAACCAGAACGCGUUUGUGUUGCUCCAGCGACACAACGAGACAAUCUGGGAUGGCAAGGUCACCUUGGUCCAGUCAGACAUGCGAAGCUGGAAGGGACCUCUAGUCCCACAGAAGCCAACUACGGCUGGCGAAUCCCUUGAGGACUCGGCUAUGUCCCACACCCAUGUUGAUAUCAUUGUCUCGGAGCUGUUGGGCUCCUUUGCGGAUAAUGAGCUUUCCCCGGAAUGUCUGGAUGGCGUGAACGACGUGAUCAACCCCGUCCACGGCAUUUCCAUUCCAGCGUCAUAUUCGGCACAUUUCACCCCGGUUUCCGCUCCCAAAUUGCACGCCGAUGUUGUGCACCAGACGGUGUCUAACCCGGCUGCCCCAGAGACCCCAUAUGUCGUGAUGCUUCACGCUAUUGACUUCCUCUCCACCACGGGUACACCUGCCAGUGGUGAAAGUUCCAACCCCAACAAUGGAAACCGGGCAUCCACCCCGUCGGCGUCAUUCUCUACUACUGAAUUCCCUACUCCCUUUGUGCAGACCGCUUGGUCUUUCUCCCACCCGAACCGACACAUUCCUCCUCAGUCCCCCAUGCAGUCGACUAUCUCGAACGCCCAUAAUGUGCGCCAAACACGUCUGGCCUUCCCUGCCCAGAACCGAGGUGUGUGCCACGGUCUGGCCGGCUACUUUGAAACGGUGCUCUAUGGCGAUGUGGAGUUGUCUACCAACCCGGUAACCAUGGAUGCCAAAAGCGCAAAUAUGAUCAGCUGGUUCCCUAUCUAUUUCCCCUUGAAGACCCCUCUUAGUGUUCCUGAGAAUGGCGAGAUCGUUGCCACGAUGUAUCGUCAAACCGAUGACCGUAAGGUCUGGUAUGAAUGGAUGGUUGAGGUUUAUGCCCUUGAACCUACUGCGGCAUCCACCAAACCCAUUCCUGUGAGCUAUGCGCAGGCUGGGUCUCCCAGCGAGCAAAGCCCGAAAACCAAGGAAAAUGCCGCCAAGAAGACCCACCGUACUGGCUAUCGCCGAGUGCGAGUGGGGAUGAGCGAUCUGCACUCUAGCAUCAAGGAUGGCUGCUUAAUGUGA